UAGUGGUUCUUUAUGAUCAGUUCGUUCAGGAAUAGUAAGCCGAGGUUAACAGUGAAAAUUUCGAAUAUGAAACGAAGCCCAAGUCGGGAUUCACCGCCUUUGCGGAGUAAAAGAUCGCGGUCGAGUAUGAGGCGUUACGACGAUAGCUCGGACGAACGAGUGACACCCGAAAGGAUUCGUCGGCGCUCGCCCAGAGGUAGAUCACCUCCGAGUCCACGGCGGUAUGCCCUGGAACGGGACGAUUAUCGCUCGCGCGGAUUGGAAAAAGCCUACCCGAGUUUCAAAGUGUUGUGUGUGAGUGCAUUGCACCCGAAAGCUAGCGACGAGCUUAUCAAGGAUACCCUCUACCGAGAGUUUAAAAAGUUUGGUGAUCUGAGCAUUCGAAUCUCCCAUGAUUUGGAUGAGAGAUUGGCAUACGUGUGUUUUCGGAGUAGCGAAGACGCCCGAGACGCCAAGCAUAAUAAAUCUAGAAUAAUUUUAUUUGAUAAGGUAGCCUUAGUCGAACCUGUGUUCGAGAAGAGAAGUAGUGCAGAAUUGUACCGGGGUCAUAGUCGACCUCGCUCCAGGAGCAUUACUCCCGAGUAUGAUAGAUACUACCGCCGCUCACCUGUCCCUGAUCACCACCGACCUUUACCUCCUGAUAGGAUAUACGAUCGAGGCUAUCCCCCGCCUGUUCCCCUUCCUCCGCAUCGAGGAGAAUUUAUAAGGCGGGAAGGUCCGAUCCUACCUCCUCAUGAUCCCUUUCUACCGAGAGGCCCGCCCCUCCACCCUCAUCAUCAUCCCCAUCCCCUUCCCCCACAUCAUUUGCCUCCCGGACCUCACGGCCCGUAUGGACCACCGCGUCACAUGAUGAUCCCUCAUUUCAAGCCGCCUCCUCACCACUUCGUCGAUGAAAUGAAGAAGAAAGAUAAGUUCCCAAAUUACUUGCAUCAUGUGCCUCCAGAGGAAGAUCCACUUGCCACCAGGACCUUGUUUGCAGGAAACUUAGAGAUAGGUAUCACAGAGGAAGAGUUAAGACGAAUUUUUAACCGUUACGGUAUUGUAGAAGAUAUCGAUAUCAAAAGACCAUUACCAGGCACUGGUAAUGCUUAUGCCUUUGUACGCUACCAGAACUUGGACAUGGCCCAUCGCGCCAAAGUGGAACUCUCAGGACAAUACAUAGGUAAAUUCCAGUGCAAGAUAGGUUAUGGCAAAGCGACACCGACCACAAAAAUAUGGGUUGGUGGUCUUGGACCUUGGACUUCCAUUUCUCAAUUGGAAAGAGAAUUUGACAGGUUUGGAGCCAUCCAAAAAAUUGACUAUGUCAAAGGUGAUACGCAGGCCUACAUUUUGUAUAAUUCAAUUGAUGCUGCAACUGCUGCUGUUAAAGAAAUGCGAGGGUUUGCCCUUGGAGGACCAGAGCAUAAGUUACGAAUUGAUUUUGCUGAUGUUGCCAACUAUCCCGGUAAGAGUCGCUCAUCGUAUCCUGAAGAUAUGGCCUCUGGAGCAGGUGAUUUCAGAUCUCGCUCUAGUGAUUUUGCCAGUUAUGAUUCGCCAUAUGAUCCAUGGACGGAGAGUGACCCGUACGGAUCAAGAGUGUCCAGGGGCCGAGGCAGCAACCGCAGAGGUGGGUAUCGAGACGGCUAUGAUGAUGAUCUAGCUAGACACCCUGAUUACGACAGAAUGAAGAGUGAACCCCGUUCCAGGUCCCGUUCGCCUAAACACCGAUCCAUGGACAGUGACUCAGGCUCGGAGAGUGGUCGUGCCAAUGGAAUCUUAGGCUCAUCUAGGACACUCGUAGACCUUGCAAGAAGAUGUAUUAGUGUUUGGAGUGGUGCACUUAUUCUCAAGAAUUCUCUGUUUCCAGCCAAAUUUCAUCUCACCGACGGAGAUCCUGAAGUUGUUGAUACUCUCAUGAAAGAUGAAACCGGUAAACAUCUCCUACGAAUUACUCAGAGACUUCGACUUGACCAGCCAAAAUUAGAAGAUGUUUCCAAACGUAUAGCCACCUCCAAUUCACAUGCUAUCUUCUUGGGUUUACCAAGCUCUGGUUCGUCUAUUACGAGCGAUGAUGCCUCUGUUCAGACUCGGCCUCUCAGAAACCUGGUGUCUUAUCUGAAGCAGAAAGAAGCUGCUGGAGUUAUUUCUUUAAUUCAGAAAGACACAGAAGUAACAGGAGUGCUGUACGCAUUUCCCCCAUGUGCAUUCUCUGCAGAACUUUUGAAACGGACCGCUCAUAGCCUCACGGAAGAUAGUUUAAAAGAAGAUCACCUUGUCGUUGUUGUGGUUAGAGGGGGCACGGCUUGAAUCAUCUCAAACUGAGCAUCAUCAGCAAAAACCUGUAGAUACUUGUUUUGUAUUAUUAGUCAUUUCAGUAUCAUUGCUAUAUUGAUAUGUCUUAGUCACUUUAGAUUUAUGUACCUAAUUUGAAUUGCAGCGGAAAAUUACUGGAUACUGUGGACUAGAAUAUCGCAAGGGUUUUUUUGUCAUUAGGUUCUUUUACUGCGCUUUUGUAUAGUUUACGCUGACCUCUUGAGAUCAAGACUUUACUUUCUAUAUACUUAUUUAUUAUUUAUUUAUUUUUAUUUUUUUCCUCGGGUUUUUGAACCUAUGCCUAUCAUUUAAUGUACCUAUUUUAUCUUUUAUUGUUUUUUGAGAUAGUGAGAUUGACUUUUCUAUUCUUGUUACACUCCUUUAUUUAUGUAUAUAUAUAAAAAAAUUUAUUUGAAUAUUUUGGUAUUCAGCAAUUUUAGAGAAUCGUCAUACAAUCAAGUUAAACCUCAGCAUCCUCCCAAGUUUUUUUUUUACAUUUUUUACCCCCAUCCUGUCGGCAUGAUACUCUUUUUGCUUAGCUAAUAAGUGGGCUGCUCAUCAAGAUCGUAAUCUUAUCAAGUGUAUAAAUACAUUCUACUCACUUUAAUUGUUAAAAAUUACACUUCAUGUGUGACAUUUCUAUCAACCAGACUGCACAUUUAAGUGCUCACUUUAACCUAGGACAUAGUAUUUUCACAAAGAAUAAGAAAUGGAUCAACUGCUUUUCAUUUUUAGACAAAACAAAAUCUUAGUAGACUCUGGUAUUUGUCACUAAGAUUGUUGGUAAUUUUUUCUCACAGCUGGGUGAUAUUAUUUUAAUUUUUUGUUUUGUUAUAAAUGUAAUGGACUCAUUGGCUCAAUCGCACUAGGUUCAUUCAAAGGGGAAAAAAAAGAAAAAACUUUUUGACUAGCUCUUAUCCACACAAGGAAAGUAGUAGCACAUGUGUUGUUUCUAAAAUUAACCCGAAAUAGUUCCUUAUUGCAAACUGUAGUAAAAUUUUGCAAAUGUAUACUUACAAUUUUCUGGGUCAAAAUAAUUAAGAUAGUGUCAGCUGUGUUCUGCCAAAGUCUCCAUUACAUUCUAAACUGUUGAAAUCCCUUAUGUGUGACCUAAUGUAAACCAAUAUCUUUUUAAAAAUGAUGAUCAAAUUUCUUUUUGGUAGGAAGGGAAGCAAUAUUAUUAAUGGUACCUGUUGAUCAACAUUGGUAGGUAUGUAAUGGUCUUAAAGACAUAAAUUUACAAGCAAUCACGUUUUUGUUUUUCUACCUGUACCGUAAGUGAUUUUGCCUGGUUGCCUGUUGUUGGCUUAGCAUAAAAUAUUACCAGAUAGCAAUCAUUUCACUUACAAGGGGUGGCUCAUAGGAGGCCACCUUUGAUAUUGAAAAGCUUGCAGUCAAAAAUAGUGUAAGUCUUGCUAAUAGAUGAGUGCCUCAUAGUUUCUAAAAAGAGGCCCCCCAUACCUUCUAAAACUUUUUCAGAAAACCCUCCCUGCAACUAACUUUUGCCAUAUUCACUCAAAGUACUUCAGUGCUCUUAAAUUAAAAACCAUUUUUGGACCAUUUUUCUGGGGGUAUUGGGGGCUUUUUCGCGUGAACAGAGAAAGCACAACUGUCAAUCAGCUUAGCACAAUCUUAGCAGCAGCACAACAUGUGAUCAGCUUUUCUGGUUGCAAUUUGUGCUGCUUACCUCAGCUCAGUUGAAGGUGGCCACUUCUGAAUUCUCCUUUGCUCGUGUUAUUAAGCCUGCACCAUGAUCUGAAGCAGAGCUUCAGUAAAAUCAAUAAUUUACACUUCACUUUUGUCAAGCUUUAGUUCAAAGCAACGUUGCAUCUGGAUUUUGUGUCAUAAAAUUGCAAACCUCCAUUCAAAAUCUGUAAAUAAGACCUUUCUAUCCAUGCCCUGCAUUUCUGUAACAUUGUUUUGAAAAUUAACUAUCCAAAGGAAAAAGGAAACUGUCAUCUAGUCUAUGGAAUUGUAAUUUUAGUGGAGCAAUUUGUAUUAAGUCAAAUGAAAAAACAAUUGUCAAGAAUUUGACAGGAAACUUUCUCGAGUAACUCAAAGAAGAAAUAACAAUUGAUUUAGUGCAUUUUGUGUCAGUUGAGGGGGCAAAAUUGCAUUUUAACAAAUUUUACUUCAAUAAUACAAUGCACCCAUUAAAUUUUUGUACUUACAGCACUCCUCUAUCCUUCAGUGUCAAUAACUGAUUUCUUAGUUUUGUGGACUAAAGUUCCUUUUCCUACGGACGGUCACCAACAUUUCUGCUGGAAUUAUCGCAGCCAAAGGUAUCUCAUUUGUGAAGAGCAUGGCAAAUAUGAUACCAACAGUGUCGGCAAGAAUGAUAUUUCAUUUCAUUUGUGGCACUAAAAAAAAAUGCACUUAAAAUAUAAAAAUAGUUUUAUUUCUGAGAACAGAAACAAUUACUUUCCCAGAAACUUUGAUUUUCUAUGCACCGCAAAAAAAUUUCUCAACUAAUUACUUACAUGUCCAAAUAAUUUACUUCCCUUCCAAUAAAUGGAAGUACGUAUUGUAGAAUUUUUUACUUAACAUUUAUUGAGAAAAAUCCUCACUUGUUGAUAAGUUGAAAAAGCCCUAUUAUAAGUGAAGCAUUAUUAAGGUUCACUCAUCAUAUUUUCAGACUGAGAGCUCAAAUAUUGGAAAUCACCAAUAAGUGUCUUGUUUUACGUGCCAUGGGCAUACAGAUCGGUGUAUUCACUAUGAACUGUAACAGUCAGUAAGUCUCGUUUGAGCUAUGUAUGAGAGAACUCUGCCCUUCACAUUCAAAGCCAACUGGUAAAUUCAUCUUUGUCAAGCUCUGAUAUUUUGGGUAUCAUUUCAUGUAAAAUCUGUUCGUUACUCUUGUGUUGUUAUGAUAACCUAAUUUUUAAUCCAGUGUCAAGCUUUCUCUUCCAUUGAUCGGGAGUGCCAAGUGAAGCCUGGAUUGGUGUUUCGCGUCGUUUGUCUGUGUCCCGCAACACGUAGCCCACCAAGUGCUCUGAUCAUCUGAAUGUUUCUAUCGUUGCGCAGUGUUUUGCCGGUUCCUCAAUCAUUCAACAUCAAAUGCGACAUACUACGGAUUGCAGCUCAAUCUUCGGUUUUUGAGUAUCUAUUGUCAAGCCCAAUCUUGCUUUUUUUUCAAUUAAUCAUCAAACCAAAAAUAUUCAUUUCGCGUUAUGUGCAUUAAGAAAGUAGUGUUUUUCUUGUGCUUUUAUCCUGCGGAUUUUUCGCCCCCAAAUUUUCAUUUUGUUAUACUUCAAAGUGUAAAGCAUCCGAAUGUGUGAUUCUAUUGGAUUCAAAUAGAUUAUGAAUAUAUUUAAACGAAAAA